AUGUCUUCUGAUAACAGCAACUCUUCUACUCUCGGUUCCUAUGUGAACGCCGCCACUGGCGCCGCUCAGCGUGCCUUCGGUGCUGUCACUGGUGACUCCUCAUAUCAGAACAAGGGUGAAGCUGCCCAGGCCAAGGCCCAAGCCCAGGACGUGAACUCCCACACCACCGCCAAACUGGGUCCUUUCACUGCCGACCCUAACACCGGCGCGGCCGCCAAGGACAACGAGAAGCGCUCGGACGGUUCCUGGGACCAGACCAUUGGCUCCACCAAGGAGGCCAUUGGCAACAUGAUCGGCAAUGAGAACUUGCGCCGCACUGGCGCCGAGCAGAACGCCGCUGGCAAGGAGCAGGAGGCCAAGGGCCAGCUCCAGGACUGGGGUGAGGGUAUCCAGAACCGUGCUCAGGGUGCUAUCGGUUCCGUCGGUGCUGCCAUCAGUGGUGACCGCACGGAGGAGGAGAAGUUCCGCGAGAUGCACGAUGAGGGCAAGGUCCGCCAACGCGGUGCUGAGGCCGAUAUGGCCAAGAAGCAGGGCGUCUAA